UGGGAAUGGAGAAAUGAGACUUCAGUGGGGCUCACUCAGCAUCUCUGGGAAGUAUACAUUCUGGUUUUCUCUCCUUCUACUCACUGCCCUGGAGUUUCCGUCAGCUAAAAUGUCCCAUUUUGUGCUGUUUCACUGGAUUAUGGUACAGAUCUUUAUAGCGCACGCAGCAUCCGAGGCUGUUGUUAGAGGAGUAGUAGGGCAACCUGUUCAGCUGCCCUGCCUCUACCGGGUGGCACGCCAUCAGGACAUCUCCGACAUGUGCUGGGGCAGAGGCCCGUGCCCAAAUUCGAAGUGCAGUAACAAAAUUUUGCACACCACUGGAAAUCGGGUGACGUUCAGGAAAUCUCAGAGGUACAAUCUCCGGGGCUAUAUUUCCUAUGGAGAUGUGUCUCUCACGAUCGGGAAGGUGAAGGCUGAAGAUGCAGGUACAUACUGCUGCCGCGUGGAGAUCCCAGGCUGGUUCAAUGACAUCAAACAGAACAUACGGCUGGAGGUGGUCAGAGCCCCUCCAGUGAUGACAACCACUACAAGAAAGGCUCCCGUUUCCCCCAAACAUUUUCGAAAAACAGCUUCUGCUCCCCAAGCAACCUCUGAUCAUCAAACAACAGCAGAGACUGCUGUUCUCCUGACAACCACUGUCCCUGGACCAACAACUGCAGCCACCGAUCAUCAAGCCACAGCAGGGACUGCUGUCCUCCUGACAACCACUGUCCCUGAAGCAACAACUGCAGCCACCAAGCCUCCAGCAGUAACUACACUGGAGACCAUUGCUCCCCCAACAUUUGCUGGAACAGCAAAUGAUGCUUUUCUAGCAAGUAUAGUGACAACCAGUGCUCUCCCAGAUUUUCCAACUGAUUUCCAAGAAGCUGAUAGGAGGAUUGAAGAUGACAGCGUGUUCUGCUCAGCAGAGCCUGUCCCUCUUCCUGGAGUGACCACUGAAUUCCCAAGUACACUUUCAGCUGCAGAGGGAACUAAAAGUGCUCACACUUCUCUCAUGGUGGAAGAAGUGCCAAGUGCAGCAACAACCCCACCAGUGCCAGCCAUGCUUCAGACCCCGAAGAGAACCUUUGCAUCUACAGGGAUUUCAGGAAGUUCAGAUAGCAAGGCUGAAAAACAUGAUGGUAACAGAGAUAAGUUUGUCAGCUAUGGCGUUCUCAUUGCCUGUCUCAUAGUGGUGUCCGUUCUUUUCAUAUUGAUGCCCUCACUGUUGUUUUGGAAACGUAAACACACCAAGAAGUUUAUAAUAAAAAGCUUUGGACCACCAGAAAACCCUGAAAAAGUUUUCAGUGGCGCUGAAGGAGAAAACAGCAUUUUUUCCCUGUGAAGAGCUCCUACAUCUGUGGAUGCCACGGAAAAUAAAAAGGGCCUGUCUCGUGCUGCAUUGAGAGGUGCUUACGAGCCCUAAAAAUAUCAAUGGAUGUAAACCAAAGGCCAAAGCUUCAACUGGGAAAAUUUUAAAUCUUUGUGCAAAGUUUGUCAUGUCACCUUUAAAAUCACUGCAUCAAGAAGCUACUUUAAGAAGGUCCUUUACGCAUUAUUCAUAGGUGUUUCUGGCAUCUGCCUUCUUACUAAUAAUACUACGUUACAGAACUGAAUUUGUUUUUCUCCAUUUUUACUAAUGCUUUUCCCUGAAUACGAGUUAUACUGUGAGGAACAGAAGAGAGAAGAAAUAACAUGGAAUGCUGCCUAACUUCAAAUUGCUAAAGAAAAAGAAAAAAAAAAAUCAGCAGAUGCAGUUCUUACUGCUUUUAUAUAAUCAAGAGAAAAAUUAAACUAUGACAAUGCUAUGAGUAUAAAUCAAAAAUGUAGACUACUUAAGGGGUACCAAUGCUGCCUGUGAUUCAGCGUGUUUGAAUGACCCUUGGAGACCAUGUUAAUAAACUUUGUAAUUUAUCGCUA